UUUUUUUCAUUUUCUUUCAUUUUCUCCUCUGUGAUUAGCUCUGUAUCUCCAAGGUUUAGAUGAAGGUAACACAAGAUGGGUAAAGUUAGAAAUGAUUCAGGAUCAGAUGAAGAUAAUGCAACCGAGAAAGCUUUUACUAAAGGUCCUUGGACACAAGCUGAAGACAAUCUUUUGAUAGCUUAUGUUGAUAAACAUGGUGAUGGGAACUGGAACGCUGUUCAGAAACACUCUGGUCUUUCUCGUUGUGGCAAAAGUUGUCGUCUUCGUUGGGUUAAUCAUCUGAGACCGGAUUUGAAAAAAGGCGCUUUUACGGAGAAAGAAGAGCAGCGUGUUAUCGAACUUCAUGCUUUAUUGGGUAACAAAUGGGCAAGAAUGGCUGGUGAACUGCCAGGGAGAACAGACAAUGAGAUAAAGAACUUUUGGAACACAAGACUUAAGAGACAGCAAAGACUUGGUUUACCUGUUUAUCCUGAUGAAGUUAGAGAGCAAGCAAUGAAUGCAGCAACACAAUCUGGUUUUAACAGUGAUCAUAAUUCAUUGGAUGGUCAUCAUAGUCAAGACUCUAUGGAGUCAGACUGUGUUGAGAUACCUCAAUUGGAUUUUCAACACUUGCCACUCAACCAAACUUCAUAUUACCAUUCGAUGCUUCGCGUUGUUCCUAGUUCUGGUGUGUUUGUGACUCAGCAAAGACCAUGUUUCUUUCAGCCUAGUAAUAUGUAUAACUUGGUUGCAUCAUCAUCACCUCCUCCUUACAUGUCUACUGGAAAACGUUAUAGAGAACCAGAAACUGACGAUGGAUAUGCUAUGAUUGAGCAAAGCACUCAGCUAUGGAACUAUCCUUUUGUGGAUAACAUUUCAGAACAGUUUCUGGAUAGCAAUGAUGUUACAUAUUCUUCUCCUCCUGAGCCUCUUGGUCCCGAGGCGAAAAAGUUGGAGCUCCCUUCAUUCCAAUAUUAUGAUUCUCAUGAAGACCAUGGAGUAGUACAACAACAGUCUAACUCAAUGGGAGAACAUGAGCUACUAGACAACAACACUUUGGUCCAAUCCUCUCUGACAGAUCAUUCACCAUCAUCAUCACUAUAUGAUGGUUUGUUGGAAUCAGUUGUUUAUGGAUCAGAAAGGAAAAAACAGUUCAUGUUUGCUUGACGAACCUCUUCACUGUGUGAA